GAUGGCACGCUGUGCCAGUACUACGCCUGCCCGGCGACGUCGUGCGUCCCGCUCCCACCCAACCUCUCUUGGCCCGAGGCAGGCUGCAUCCAGCCUCUCGCGAUUGCCGUCCAAAUUGCCCGCCGCGCGGGCCAGCUUGCCCACGCUGCCGUCGGAGUUAUGGGCUGCGGGCCUCUCGGCCUCCUAUGCAUGGCCGUCGCCAAGUCUUACGGCGCCCGCGAGAUCAUCGGCAUCGACCGCGUGCCCGGCCGCGUAGCCUUUGCGCGCAAGUACGCUGCGACGCACUCGGCGGUCAACCCCGAGAAGGACAUGAUGGCCGAGACGGACGGCCAGCGCGUCGCUCACCUCCCCAAGUGGGGCGUCCAGCACGGCCUCGACGUCGUCAUCGACGUCACCGGCGCCGAGCCGUGCAUGCAGCUCGCCGUAGCCCUGCUCCGGCCUGGCGGAACGCUUAUCCUCGCAGGUAUGGGUCGGCCCCUUACCCGCUUCCCCACGCUGGAGGUCGCGUCGAAGGAGCUCAAUGUCAUCGGCUCGCUGCGCUACACGUCGCGUUGCUAUGAGGACGGCAUCCAUCUUGUCGAGCGUGGUCUCGUUAAUCUCGCUCCCAUCGUCACCAAGACCGUACCCCUCUGCAAAGCCGAGGACGCCUUCAAGGCCGCUCGUAACGGC